CUUGUGUUUGAACAAGUUUUGUUUUGAUUUAUAUCAUGGCUGGUUGUGAAGUAUUAUUUUGCGUGUUUUUUUUAAUUCAGUGAUCUGCAGCCUAAUUAAAGUUUAAAUUAUUGAAGCACGCAUUUUUAAAUAAGUAAAACGUAAAAUAAAAGUUUUCUAAAGCCAAAAUAUGGAAUUGAAGAGGGUGGAUACAGUAAUACUUCAUUGCACUGUCAAUUAGAAGCACGCAAUAGAAGCUACGCCAACAAUGGUCAACAUCAAGGGCAAAACCAUUGAAUACAUAUUUCAAACCUCAUAUGGCGCGUUAAAGGUACGCAAACUUAUUGGUGUCACUUAUGGUAGCAGUGUUUCGAAGCGAUGGAAUAUGUGCUGCAAGCAAAUCCAGAACUAUGGAUGCAAACGCUGCUACAUGGAACACAAAUCAUUUACACACCAGAUAUCACAAGAAUUGGAACCACAUGGUUUAGGUGAUUUUGUAACCGUUUAUCGUCGCGACGUGUGUCAACUGGGUUUUGCCAAUGAGCUAGAGGGCAAAGCAGAUGCAGUAUUUUUGGACUUACCAGCACCUCAGUUGGCCAUACCAGCAGCUGAAACAUCUUGUAUGUUCAAUUAGGAGGACUUUUUUGAUUCAUUUUCACCUUGUAUUGAGAAAUCACAACGUUGUUGUAUCGCUUUACAAGGACAUGGAUUCACCGAAAUUAGUUCAAUGGAAAUACUACACCAAGAGCAUGGAUGUUAAGACUAGAACGUUGCCAAUGCUAGAUUUAGAAUUCCUGAUACAUAAGAAACCCUCCUCCCAGAAAAUGGACGAAUCUAGUACUAAUGAAAUUAAUGAAAGAACAGAUCUUCCAAAUCUCCUAAAGAAACCAAAAUAGUCCUCACAUAAUGUGCGCAGCUUACACUUCCAGGCCGCUCAGGGUAUUUGACAUUUGCUACUCUUCCUCCAGCCUUUGUCAGAUAGCAAAAAUUGUUCAAAUAUUCAAUACGUUUUACAUAUGUAUAUAGUGUAGUACGAUAAUACAUUUAUAAAGUAAAUAUAAUAAUAAACACCUAAAUGGCAUGAUAUUUUAAAUAAAUAUGAAAUAUAAUUAAUGAUUUUG